AUGUGAAUCACGCAUAUAUAAUUUUAACAUUUUUGGCUUGUUUAAUUUAAGCAAGCAGUCGCUUGGGGUUUAAAUCCGGAAGUCGAUUUUCUUUUAUGGUAUUCACAUUCAUCAUAUUCAAAAAAAUGGAAGAACUCAGCAACUCAUCAUGGUGGUGGGAACUGUCGGCCAGCAACAAACACCACCUUACUCUUGCAGUUGCCACCAUUUCAGUAAUGAUCUUUGCUAUUUCAUGGCGGAGAUGGAAGUCUUCGAGCUCUUCAGGUGCACCAUCAUUGCCACCAGGUCCUCGUUCCUUGCCGAUUGUAGGUUACCUUCCAUUUCUUGGUCGUGACUUACACAAACAAUUCCGUAACAUGGCUCACAUUUACGGACCCAUUUUCAAGUUUCACUUGGGAAGCAAACUUCAUGUCGUCAUAAAUACACCUGACCUAGUAAAGGCUGUGGUACGUGAGCAAGAUGACAUAUUUUCUAACCGGAAUCCGUCAAUAGCUGCCUUAGCGAUCUCCUAUGGAGGCCGAAAUGUAGUAUUUUCUGACAACAAUUCAGCUUGGCGUAACCUUCGUAAGAUAUUUGCCCAAGAGGUUCUAAGCAACAAGAAUCUUGAAGCGUGCAGGUUUUUUCGAAGGGAUGAAGUUAGGAAAACUAUCAAAAAUAUUUAUAGUAAAAUCGGGACAACAAUUGACAUCAGCGAGAUUGCUUUCUCAACAGAGGCUAACGUCCUCACAAGCAUGGUUUGGGAAAACACUUCAGAUCCAAACGCAAAAGGUCGCCAAUUUGGAGCAGAGUUGAAGCGGAUUUCUUCAAAUAUCGUUGAGCUUCUGGGACAGCCGAAUCUCUCUGACAUCUUCCCUAGUGUUGCAUGGCUUGAUCUACAAGGCAUUUUACGGAAGAUGAAGAGGCAACUUCAUCAGUUGGAUGAAAUUUUCACAACCAUUAUCGAGGAUCGAAUUAUAUCUAACUCAAAAAAGCGGAAGGAUGCUGGUGGGCAUGAAGGAAAGAAGGAUCUUUUACAGAUCUUGUUAGAGCUCAUGGACCAAAAAGACGCAACAUCGAUUAGCAUAACACAGAUUAAGGCACUUCUCCUGGACAUUAUGGUUGCCGGAUCAGAAACAACCACAACGCUGAUAGAAUGGGCAAUGGCAGAGAUCAUGCAAAACGAUGACAUAAUGAAAAAGGUUCAACAAGAAUUAGAAGAAAUUGUAGGACUUGACAACAUUGUCGAAGAAUCUCAUCUCCCUAAACUACAAUACCUAGAUGCAAUAAUUAAAGAAACAUUUCGGUUGCACCCUGUAGUCCCUCUCAUACUCCCAAGAUCACCAAGCCAGGAUUGCAUAGUCGGUGGAUACACCAUUCCAAAAGGAUGUACUGUGCUGCUGAAUGUUUGGUCAAUCCAUCGGGAUCCUCGGUAUUGGGACAAUCCGUUAAUAUUCAAUCCAGAGAGGUUCUUGACAAACAAAUAUGAUUUCAAAGGAGGCAAUUUAAAUUUCCUCCCGUUUGGAUCUGGAAGAAGAUUGUGUCCAGGUGUUCCAUUGGCGGAGAAAAUGCAAAUGUAUAUCUUGGCAUCGCUCUUACACUCAUUUGACUGGAGCUUGCCGGAGGGUGAAGAGCAUGACCUCUCUGAAAAAUUUGGAAUUUCACUAAAGAAAAAAGAACCACUCAUCGUUGUCCCUUCACAAAGGUUGCCGAACGAGAACCUCUAUAUGUGAUGUAAGUCUGAAUUCCGCACUGGUUUGUUGAAUGCAUUUUAUAUAUGUAUUGUUAUGUUGAUCGAAUGUGUAUGAAUAAUGAAUUUCUAGUGUAGGCCUCUUUUGUGUUUAUGACUUAAUUAGUUAAUUAGCUAGCGGUUGGUACAUACAUGUACGUACUCGCUGGAAAUCAACUGGACUGAAUUGGAUUGGAUCAGAUUUAUUGUAUAGUGUUUUGGUACGUUUAUCAAAAAAUUAGACAAAUUUUAUAAAUGUGUCAAGUAAUGACGAGCA